GGAAGCCCUGCUUCGCCUUCCACGACCAUGAACAUCACGCAGUCAAUAUCUUCUGAGCGAGAACGUGCCCUCUUGAGUGGUGACUACAACUCCUACCAUGCUCAGGCAUCUCGUCGCAUCCACAACCUGCGCAGGCGCUUGGGUGCGGCCAACCGUGGGAGAAAAUACAACCCCAAGAGCCCAGUGACUGUGGAGAAUGUGGCCCAAAAUCAAGAGUACUACUGUCCCCUCCGUUCGAACUAGAAGGUGGUCGCUAAUUCUACUCAGAUGGGUUCAACUCCUCCUGGCUAGUUCCGAGCGAGCUUGGGCUGAUGCCAUGGCCAUGAAAGCGGCCCAGUCUCAAGAAAACACACAAAAGCCCAUGCCCGGCUCGACGAAGCAACAGAUCUCCUCCAGGCUCCGACGAGCCAUCCAACAUGCAGAGAACCUAGUCGAAGUCUUGCAGGAUUUAUCCGCUACGGGUGCGACACCUUUGGAUGUGUUGGAAGCUGCUGCAUACCGGUCAAUGAUGAAGGGAAGCCUGGACUUUGAAAAGGCAAAGUGGCAGCAAUGUCUUCAAGAUUAUGCCGUCACUUACAUCAUCUACGCCGCCCUUGCUAGAGGAUCCAAGACCGAUAUUUACAAGGAUCUCUUGUCCUCCAUUGUUGAACCCAGCAUUCGCUAUGCCUCCUAUCAACUUCAAAUCAGUCGCACAAAGGCUGUUGGCGACAUUGCCAUUGAGAAUUUCCCCCAGUCCAACUCGCUUCGAAAAGAAAUAGAAUCAGUAAACUCACUUGCUUUUCAAAAGAGCUCAGACUUGACUGCCAACAAGGAUGGCCCAAAGGAGGUUCCCUCUAAUAUUAGCUGGCGAAACAGGAAGGUCAAAUUGGAAGAUGCCAAUAUCUCACAAGCUCUUGGGAUAUCAAAGGAGCGAGAAGAAGAUCUAACGGCCAAGUUUCACUCUUUUGAGAAAGGAGAGCUCGACGCCAAAGAGUUUGCGACUUUGUACGAAGAUGUCAUUACUGCUCGGCAGGACGCCGCAGAUGCAACCAAAACGGCGAUCGACGAAAUGUUGGCAGAAGGUGUCGACCCUGGCGAUUCCCGCAUUCAGUCGUUGCAAAUCACCCGAACUGCAGUCAACUACGCGGUGAUUGAAUGGCGCGUCGGCCGGAACCGAGUUCUCACAGGCCCCAACGACGGUUUGUUGUUUGAGCCUGAAAGUGGCAAAAGACAACUAAAGCCGCGUAAAGAUGGGAAGGAUCGUGCUCCGAAGGAGGAGAGUGCCGGACGUCAGAUGUCACGGCUCCGUGAACGAGUGGCUCUCUUCGAUCUUGUCCUGCAAAGUCUCGAUUCCGUCAAGGAGUUACCAGGUGUGGUUGCCGACACCGAAUUCGUUCAAGAACUGGAGGCGAAGAGAAACUAUUUCCGGGCGCUGAAGCUCCUGAACCUGGGCCGGUCACACGCUAUCAAUGAGCAGAUCGCCAAUGCGCUGGCACUAUAUGCUCGUGCGCAAGGACUAGCGCAAACUGCAUCUCUUCACUUGCAGUCUUCUCCACAAGACUCAGGUUCCCCACCGAAACUUGACGUGAGUUCAGAGCAAAUCGAGUCUCUUGUGACCACACUCAAUAAAUUGGUGAUUCAAUAUCGUGCAUUGGCUGAACUCAAGGCUCUCACUCCGGCACCAUCGACCGCCAACGCGCAGCCUACCAGCACGGCGACAUUCAAACCAGCUCCGUUGAUUGAACGCCUCCACCGCAAUGAAUUCGUCGAGUCGGUUGACCUCACCAAUCUGGUCAACUACCCUCCAAAACUCCGUCCCGUGCCUGUCAAACCUCUCUUCUUCGAUCUAGCGUGGAAUUACAUCAAUUACCCUGGUCAGAACCAGGAUGAUGCAUCGACUGGCGAAGCCAUCACUGGGGCGUCUGCAGGAAAAGCCAAUGGCGAUGCUGGAGCGAUCAAGACGGAAGAAGCCAAACCAGCAAAGAAGGGUUGGUUUGGUUUUGGCCGUUAGGAUUGCUCGCAGAGAUGAAAUCGAAGGACAAGCUGUCCGACUUCUCGAAGUGGGGUAAACACAGCUUUUUAGUCAAUUGGAAUUUCGAGCUCGAGGCCACACGAGGAAUGCAUCUGUCUCGUUGUAUGAGAAUAGUAUCCUUGUGUGUAAAUCUUGACCUAGGUCACUCCAGCUACUUAGCAGCAGAAAGAUAAAGACACGAUUAUCAUGCCAUUGCUAAAAAACAGUGUGACUACGUCAUGCCUUGGAAAAUUCAGAAACAAAGCGCGAGGUCGGGUAUCAAACGUCGGGCAAAGCCCGUCCAACAACAUUUAUUCCUGCAGUAUUCCUUUUUCAGCCUUGGUGUCCAGGUGUAGCGUGGUGUAUACGCGAUAUGCGAUCAGAUGUGAAGUCUCACUAUCAAGGUCCGCUGUGGUCCGCUGUGGUCCGCUGUGGUCCGCUGUGGUCCGCUUU